AUGAAGAAUGAAGAGAGCAUUGACGAUUACUUCAAGAGAGUGAUGAGUGUCUCCAACCAGAUGAGGAGCAAUGGUGAAGAAAUGCCAGAUUCGAAGAUUGUUGAGAAGAUUCUUGGAACUCUGACUAAUAAAUUCACCUAUGUAGUGGUGUCUAUUGAGGAGUCUAAAGACACCGAAAAAAUUGAUGAGAAAGAUGAAGUUCUCCUCAUGGCAUAUGUAGAACUACAAGGAACCAAAAGAGGAGAUGUUUGGUUCGUGGAUUCUGGAUGCUCAAACCAUAUGUGUGGAGAGAGCAAAAUGUUUUCAAGUUUGGACAGUGCUUUCAAACACAAUGUCAAACUUGGAAACAGUCACAAACUGAUGGUUAGUGGGAAAGGAGUUGUGAAGAUAACGCUUAAUGGAGUAAGAUACGUUAUCAAUGAUGUGUACUAUGUUCCGGAGCUGAAAAACAACUUGUUGAGUGUUGGACAACUUCAAGAGAAGGGUCUCGAUGUUCUAUUCAGAGGAGGAGAAAAGAACACAUGCAGCAUUUUUCAUCCUACAAGAGGAAAAAUUGCAGAGUCAGUCAAGAGCACCAAUCGAAUGUUCGUUUAG